AUGCCAAGGUCAUCAGUGAGUACGGAACGCAUGGAGCAGAUUAACUCCCAGCUUCUCCAAGCGGGCUCAAUUGGGCUACUUAAAGGAGUUCUUGUGGGACUUCUUUCGGGUUACUAUUUCAGUUACAGGUAUAACCACGGCCAAAACCAAAAAUUCUUCAAGACGCCGUACAAGAUCUGGUAUCUUGUAUCGUGGGGAGUCGUUGGAAUCACAUUCUCGGCCGAAAUAGCCAAGCUGCACAUUGCUCAGUCGUUAGCAGAAGAGGAGGAUAUUAAACGGAGUGAGUACUUCCAGGACCAGCUAGGGGCGAAAAGAUGA